GUAAAUAAUAAAACGCACGCUUUUGAAUUUUUUUGACACUACCUGCUUGUCCGAAAAUAUGGAAUUCUUUUGUAGUAGUGUCAAUAAUGGAACCGUAAUAUGUUUCUCAAUCCCUUAAUGAAAAGAAAUUAUUAUGGUGAGACAAACUAUUCAAAUUUAUCUUCGUCUUCGUCCAUCUCCUUAUCAAAAACAAAUAUCAAAAUACAACAUUGAUGAUUUAACACAUCAUCAUCAUCAACAACAACAUCAAGGACAACUUCAACAGUCUAAAAGACCUAAAAUCACUUUUGAAUGUACUCGAAAUACUCAACAAGAUGAAGUUAUAUGUAAUCGAAAAGAAUUUUAUAAUUUUCAAUUUGAUGCCAUAUUUGAUACAAAAGUUGGACAAGAUCAAGUGUUCAAUGAUGUUGCUAAGUCAGUUAUAGACAAAGUUCUUUUAGGUUAUAAUGGUACAAUAUUUGCAUAUGGUCAAACAGGCAGUGGAAAAACCUAUACAAUCACAGGAGGUGCAGAGAAAUACUCAGAAAGAGGUAUCAUACCAAGAUGUCUUGCUUAUCUGUUUGGUCAUUUUGAAAAAGAUUUAUCAAGUGAAUAUACUUUAAAAAUUUCUUAUAUGGAGAUUUAUAAUGAAAUUGGCUAUGAUUUAUUAGAUUCUAGACACAAUAAUAUGACAUCGAAGUUGGAAGAUUUGCCACGAGUCACUCUAUUCGAACAUACUGAAGCUGGAACAGUACACUUGAAGAAUUUAUCGAUUCAUUCAGCUUCAACUACAGAUGAAGCAUUAAAUUUACUUUUUAUGGGUGAUACAAAUCGAAUUAUUGCUGAAACACCGAUGAAUGAAGCUUCAACUCGAUCUCAUUGUAUAUUCACCAUACAUAUCACUUCGCGUCCGCAUGGUUCAUCAGUUAUACGACGUUCAAAAUUGCAUCUUGUGGAUUUAGCUGGUUCAGAAAGAGUGUAUAAAUGCGGUUUAGAUGGUACUUUAUUAACAGAGGCAAAAUACAUUAAUUUGUCAUUACACUAUUUAGAACAGGUGAUUAUAGCAUUAGCUGAAAAACAACGUACACAUGUACCAUAUCGUAACAGCAUGAUGACAAUGAUGCUGAGAGAUAGUUUAGGCGGUAAUUGCAUGACAUCAAUGAUUGCUACAUGUAGUAUUGAACAAGAAAAUUUACAAGAAACAAUAUCAACGUGUCGUUUUGCACAGCGUGUUGCUUUAAUCAAAAAUGAAAUAACCCUUAAUGAAGAACAAGAUCCUUACUUAACUAUCAAUCAUUUAAAAUCUGAAAUCGAACAUUUAAAAGCUGAAUUAGCGUUUGCUACAGGUAUAGAAAAAGAUGCUACAUUGAACGCUGAAGAUAAAGAAAAAUGUGAGAAAUUAAUCCAAGAAUUUUUACAUACACCAUCAACUAAUGAAGAAGUAUGUGUACCAGCUCCAAUUCUUUCAAAUAUUCAUAUGAUAAAUUUCGGUUUCUCAGUAAUGCAUGCAUUAUAUUGGAAAAAUACUAAGAAAUUUGAAUCAAUUAAAGCAUCCGCCAAACAAGCUGUAGUUCCAUCUUUACCAAACGCUACCAAAGAAGCAAAUCAGUUACGUGAAAUUUUAGCUCAAAGAGAUCAUGAAAUCCGUGUAUUAAUUAAGCUAUUAAAACAACAGAAGCAAAAAAGUAUCCCAAAGAACUACUCACCACAUGUAUACACUAAUACAAACAUUCAAAAUCAUGAUGACAAUAGAGAUACAUAUUCACAAUGUAUAGAAAAUACAUUAACAACUGAAUCUUGUAAAAUACAAAAUAAAAGUAAUAUUGAAGAACAUAAAACGCUUCGAACAACCCAAACAAAUACACUAUUGGAUGAAUCCAAACGUGCAGUUGAUCAUGUGACAAAAUGGUUAGAACAACAAGUCAAAGGAAAAUUACUUGGUCAACUAUCUUUGGGUCGUGAAGAAGCAUUCAAUAUAUUUAAGCAAGAUUAUCCACUUCAAGAUGAAAUCAACAAAAAGAAGGAAGAAUUAAAGUCACUUUAUGCUGAAGCAAAACUACAAGGAAGUAAAAUGUCCAAGGCGAAAGAAGAAGUUGGUGCUAUUCGUGUUCAACUCAACUCCUUAAUCCAAACCGAUCAAAAUGAUUCUAAAACACAAAAUUUAGUGACAGAAUUACGCAAUCAGUUAGAAUUAAAAAGAACUGAAUAUCGAGAUUCAUAUAGUUCACUCAAAGAAUUGAAACCACGAGUGGAACAUUUACAACAUUCAUUGGAAUUGGCUAAAAUGCGUUUAGUUCAAGAUUUUGAAUCUUGGUGGAAUCAAAUGAGUAUUGAACAAAGUGAUGAUAAUAUUUCACAUCAACAACGGAAUGAAUCGAAUAUUUUAAAUUCUUUGAAUAACCCAAAGAAUGUGAAGUUGAAUGACACAAGCUCAGUUUGCCCAGUAGAAGAUAAAAAUCUAUCUGAAUCUUCAAAACAAUCUUAUACAGAUUCAAAGUUGAAUAAAUCACCUACUGAAAGUGAACAGUUAAAUAAACAUAUCAAUAAUAAUUCAGUGAAUUAUCAACUAAAUCAUUCAAUUCCAAUGACUGGUGAUCCUGUAGUUGAUGCAGAUAUUCUAACAUUUAUAAGAGCUAGAGAGAAAAUUCGUUCAAAACGUUUAAACAUGAAUCAACAAAUAAGAAGUCCUUGUAUCGAAUGAUCUAUAUAUACUUGAUGUAAUUGUAUUUCAUGUAUUUUCUUAACAAUGAGUCAAAGUUGAUCAUUUCUAUAAUUUAUUUUGUAUACAAACUAGUUCAUAUAAUGGAUAGUAGAUUCAUAUAUCCCUAUGAAACUUGAAACCUGAAUAAAACAACUUUCAUUUUA